AUGCCAGCUCUGGAAGUUCAAGUAGACAAGGAAAACGAGGCGCCCAUGGCAAUGAAGAAAGAGGAUGUUCUGCGUGAUCGACUUUCGCCAAACGCCUUCGCUAGCUUAAAUAUUCAGUCAGAAGAACUGGGCGACAGGGUUGAUGAUGAGCCAUUGCUGAGGGAGAACCCAAAUCGAUUCGUCGUUUUUCCAUUGAGGUAUCACGACAUUUGGGGCUUCUACAAGAAGGCCGUUGCCUCGUUCUGGACCGUCGAAGAAGUGGACCUUGGAAAGGAUAUGGCCGAUUGGGAGAAAAUGAACGAAAACGAGCGCUUCUUCGUCUCGCGGGUUUUGGCGUUCUUUGCGGCUUCCGAUGGAAUUGUCAAUGAGAACCUCGUUGAACGCUUUUCUCAAGAGGUUCAAGUACCCGAAGCUCGCUUCUUUUACGGAUUUCAAAUCGCCAUCGAGAACAUUCACUCUGAAAUGUACUCGAAAAUGAUUGAGACUUACAUUCGGGAUGAGGAAGAGCGGGCACAAUUGUUUAACGCCAUUUUCGAAUUUCCAUUCAUCAAGAAGAAGGCAGAUUGGGCUCUUCGUUGGAUCGGUGAUCAGAAAGCGACAUUUGCCGAGCGAGUCAUCGCUUUUGCUGCAGUUGAAGGCAUUUUCUUUUCCGGGUCAUUUGCCGCCAUUUUCUGGCUGAAAAAGCGAGGAUUAAUGCCUGGAUUGACACAUUCAAACGAGUUGAUUUCACGCGACGAGGGACUUCAUCGCGACUUCGCAUGCCUGAUGUAUCGUCACAUUGUUCAUAAGUUGGAUGAGAAGAAAGUUCAAGGAAUCAUUGCAGAUGCAGUCAGAAUCGAGCAGGAAUUCCUCACUGAGGCUUUGCCGGUCGAUAUGAUUGGAAUGAACAUCAAGUUGAUGUCUCAAUACAUUGAAUUUGUGGCUGACCACCUUUUGGUGGAGCUCAACUAUUCGAAGGUGUACAACGUCAAGAACCCAUUUUCCUUCAUGGAAAACAUUUCGAUCGAGGGCAAAACAAAUUUCUUCGAGAAAAAAGUUUCCGAGUACCAAAAGCCCGGAGUUAUGACCAAUGAGGAAGGGCGGCAGUUCGACUUCGACGCAGAUUUC